CUUGUUCCAAGUUGUUGAAAUUCAAACUGCGCUGGAGCUCUCAUCUCAAAAGGAUGGUGCAGAUGCUGGAGUCUCAUUUGAGGCGGGGACUGCACAAGUUCGCCACCAUUUAGCUUAGCUGCUAGCUCCAUCUGCAAGAAUUGACAUCAGGCUCCGUUUGGCAUCUUUCUCUUUUGCAGUACAUGUUCACUUCGCACAGGGUGGUCAAAGUCCUGUGUGCUUAAUUGUUCAGACGGUCUGGUGAACUGAGAUCGCGAGUGGAACACAAUAAGAAAGAUCACCGGGCUCAGCGGGUAGCCUGAUGGUGUACAAAAAUAAGCCAGUAUGUGACUUGAAACUGAUGCAAUGCCACUGAACAAGUGGAUUGCUCUGCAUCGAAGAACGGUGCGGGAUGCGACUGGGGGACCAAUCGAAGCCUUCUAGUUACGCCGUUGUAAUUACGCUGACCUUGUAAAAAAUUCUGGAUGCUCGCCCAGCUAGGUCAAAGUUAGACAGGACAAGACCUUGCUACCGCACUAUCUGAACAGGUUAUCUCUUUGAUCUGUCAAUGGCCCAAUGUAUCAACUUCAAACAUGAACAGUUUCAAAGGCUCGUUUUGAAGUCCAUCCUCUUCUUCUUCCUGCUGGAUGUAAGGGUCUGCCAGGCAGUCUGGCCCUUUUCGGGGGGGGGUGGCGACCAUGUUGGAAUUGCCCCCCCGGUUCGGAGCCCCCGGGCGCUUAUGACAUCUCAGGGCAGCCUGCCACACUUUGAGGUCGAGGGAGGGAGCGGAAUGGAACUAGCGGAGCAAUAUGCGCGGCAGAAUGGCCUGAUAGAGGCGGGGAACGACUGUCGGCAGCGGGCGUAUGCGGAGCUGCAGCGCUCGUGCCGAGAGAUCAUGCAGUCCGCAGACAUCCGGCAUCGCCUCGCCAUCCAGUUUGCGAACUGCUUUGCGGCGGAGUCCGGCAAGCCGACCUUUCCGUGUCCUGAAGGGAGGAGCAUCAAGGACUGCACCGCCACGAUGGACGACCUCGCCCACUCUAGUUACCGCAGCUUCUUCAUCCAUGUGGACGCCACCUGUCACCAUCUUCAGAGCGAGUAUUUCACGCAGCGAACCGAGGGCAUCGUGAACCGGCUCGUCCAAAGCUCGCACCGCACCGCCGAGCAACUCACGUCCGUAUCCGGCCACUCAGAAGCCAUUCUCGAGCGCGCCGACCGUUCCCUCUCCCUCCAGCGCACCCUCGAGUCCAAGCAGGAAGGGUUCCGGGCUCUGCUGGAAUCCAGCAUGGAUGACGUCAUCAACGCCACGUGGCGCAUUCGUGACGGUGUGGGUGACGUCAUCGAGAAGCAGGAGGCCGCCGCGGCGCGCCAGGAAGAGAUCGCCAGCCAGAACCUGGCCGUGAUGGGUCGGUUAGAGGCGCAAACCGAGCGGGUUAGCGGCGGGGUGAACAGAUCGUUAGAGGGGCAGGGAGAGCUGCUGAAGGGUCAAAAGGAGGCGGUUAGGAAACUGGUCGAGUUACGAGCGGAGCAGGAACGGGCGUUUGAGGUGCACACCCAGCGGCUGGUUGAGUUGAGCGGGAUCGCAGAGCGGCACGCGAAAGAAGUGGCGACGUUCCAGGCGGGAAUGGAGGCGGCGCAGGAGCGGCUCGCGAGCGGGAGCGCUGCAAUUCUGGAGCAGCAAGCUUCCUUCGCCUCCAAGCAGGCGGACGUCUUCGCGUCUCUUGACCGCAUGUUUGCUCUGUACGGGGCAAUUGUCUCCGAGUCCAUGGCCCUCAAGAGCCUCCUCUUCUACGCCGCCGCGGUGACCAUAGCUUAUGUGCUGACGGCUACCAAAAGGACUCGAAACGCCCGCUUCUGGUUGUACUGCGGUCUGACUGCGAACUUUGCGGUGGAGUGCGCUUUGGUGCGCUUCUUCGACCCCGCGAGACAAGCCGCCGCCGUAGGGUCCGGUAUCCGGCUCACGCGCGCUGCAUUUGCUCUUUACUCCCUAACCGUACUUGGGCUGACUCUGCGAACGUAUAGAGACUUCGCCGUCCUCAGUUACACCCUAUUAGAGGCCCAAUCGGCUAAGCUAGCCCAUAUCGAGAAGCGCCUCUACCAGACGCCUCGCACUCCCAAAGACGACCAACUCUCUCUCCCCGCCAACGAGGAGACGCCACGUGGCACUUUCCUGUUGCCGGACAUGGAAGGGGAGAGCUUCGACGUCCGUGCGUACUGGGCAGAGUCUAGAAAGUGGGACGAGGAGGGGAGUAACGCUGAGCCCAGCAGCAGUGACGAGAGUUACGCCCCCACCCGGGGGCUGGGGGGGCUCGGCUUAAGGUGGCGGGAAGGGUAUGAUCUUAGGCGGAGGCCGUUGCCAACCUGGAGUAAAGGGCGGGAGAUGCUGGCUGGGGAAGGGGUUGACGAGUUUGCCGCGACGAUACUCUCCAAGACCUUAUACAAUCAAUACGCGGAGCACCUAGCCGAGACCUCGUCCGAAGAAAGUUCGAAAGUCACUGUGAGUGUGAGCCUCUGUGACUCGCACCUAACCCAGGAGGUGGCGGACGAGGCCUCGUCGUACGACCUCACUGUGACGUCAUCGUGGAUGCGAGCUCGCCACGUGGCAGUCGUGCCGCGAAGUACGGCCGGGCUUCGUCGAAGCCGACGACAAAGCGCGGCGUGUUAGGGUACAGGGUAAUUGUUGAUAAUUGACUUAAAAACGCAAGCGUUCAUGAUCAAGCUUAUCUUGUUUAGUAGCGUCUUCGGUGUUUUGACUCUUGACUUUUGGCUUGCCUAAGAGCAGAUGAAGGCAAUUGCUCUUAUAGAUAUUGACAAGUUCGUAGCUCUUGUGCAUUUAGUUGACGUAAUAUUAGCAACUUUCAAAUCUAAACGGUGGGCUGCAAAGUCCUGACCAUGUUCAUCAAAUGUCAAACGUGUCUUUAUUUUGGAUCGAGUGGCUCCCUAUUACAGGGC